AUGGGGAUGUCUGGAGCACUUUCUUCAUCUUUGUCUGUCCUUCCAAUAUCCACAGAAGAUAUGUAUCCCAGGCAGCCUGAAUCACAGUUGAAUUUUCUUGAACAAGAGCUUAUGACAAGACCUUUUACUCAUUCAAGUUAUUUGAAUUCCAAUGGAGUAGUUGGGCAUAUUUUUUCGUCUUCCCCUGGAUAUUCAACUGAUCUUCAUCACUCAUCUCUUUCACCAGAUGAAAAACAGUCUACUAAUGCUCAUUUUAUUUCACAAUCAUCAACUAACAUUGCCCAAUUUCCCUUAUCAUAUUCUUCAAAUACUGGGCCACCAACUUCAGCAACACCAAGCCAUUAUUCCAAAGAUAAUAGUGCUUCCUGGCAUACAGAUUCCCUGCCAAGCUUUCUGGAAUUUCCUGCGAAUGGCUCAAUUGACGAUAAUAGAGUAGAAAGUAGUGCUGGCCCUACAAUGGCAUCCGAGGAGUAUUGUAAGCCAAAUGAUUGGCAGGAAUGGGCUGAGCGGCUAAUCAGUGAUGAUGACACUUUGACUUCUAAUUGGGAUGACCUUCUUACUGACAACAUUCAAGAUCUUGAGCCAAAGGUGCCAUUCCAGGUUGCAAAACCACUUUCACAGUUUCCAGGACGUCAACCGCAAGGUCAACAACAACAAAUUCCUGCUUCAUAUGGAGAAAAUUGCACUGGAGCUACCCUCUCUUCCUCAGCAAAUUCUGCUCCUGCCAAGUCACGAAUGCGUUGGACACCAGAGCUUCACGAGGCGUUUGUGGAAGCUGUCAACCAACUUGGGGGGAGUGAAAGAGCUACUCCAAAGGGUGUACUGAAGCUCAUGAAAGUUGAAGGACUGACUAUAUAUCAUGUGAAAAGCCAUUUGCAGACUUGGCUUGAAAUGAAGAAAUACAGGACAGCUAGAUAUAGACCGGAGUCAUCUGAAGGAAUUAUGGAGAAAAAAGCAAGUUCUAUUGAAGAGAUGUCAUCACUAGAUUUAAAAACUGGUAUUGAGAUCACUGAAGCUCUACGACUACAAAUGGAAGUUCAGAAGCGGUUGCAUGAACAGCUUGAGGCACGAUUCAUUAGUCAAGAUUGA